AUGGCAGAGGAUCGUUCGAUAAGGGCUCGCUUGAAUCGAAGGACUGGAGCCCGAGCUUCAUGUGUUGUCAUUCCGGCUGGGGAUGCAACCAUGGAGAUUACCCUAGCAUUCAUCAACAUGAUCAUCAACGAGUAUACUUUCUAUGGGGCUAGCAGUGAGGAUCCUCAUGAACAUCUUCGUCGGUUCGUGAGCAUAUGCGAUACCAUGAAGAGCCCAAAUGUGUCUGAUGAUGCAAUCCGCCUACGGAUGUUCUCAUUCUCUCUAUUAGGGAAUGCAUCACACUGGUUUCAGAACUUAACACCACGUUCCAUCACGACAUGGGCUCAGCUUGAGAAGGUCUUUUUGGAUAAGUACUUCCCACCUGCCUUGACAAUGAAGAGGCAAGAAGAGAUUGUUACCUUUAAGAAGGCUGAUGAUGAGAGUCUAACUAAGGCAUGGGAGAGCUACAAGGGGCUGUUGAUGAGAUGUCCAAGUCAUGAUCUUGAAGAUUGGAACGUGAUCAUUAUUUUCUUCAAUGGAAUUAGAAGGGAGUUCUGGGGUGCCCUUAAUAACGCUUCACGAAAUGGUUUCACAAGCAUGGAGGCACCAGCAGCAUAUGAUCUAGUAGAGAAGAUAUGUUGA